GGAAUGUGAAGACCGCAAGAGCAAGCAUUCCAAGUCCUCCAACAAGCUGCCAGGCAACAAGUACCCCCUCCAUAGCGAACACAGCUUACGCUAACCUACGAGGAGCCUCCGAACAGAAUGCGGAAGAAAAGUAAUUGGCGCAAGACGCCAAACCCGUCAAAGCUCGCCCCUCAUGAGACACAGGAGGAGGUCGACCUCGACGAUGAGGACAUGCAGCUGUUCGAAGAGUUUGGAGGAUACACUCGCUUCUUGACGACACUGAACCCCGAAGACCUCACGAAGAAUGAGGUGCUUGACGGACCUAACGCGGUCAUGCGAGCGAAAGGAAGUUUCCGCACCGCUCAGGGAGAGGACUCUGACAAAGACGAAAAGGAGGACUCGGACGCAGAAGCUAGCUAUGAGCAGCGACCUAGGUCUAUACGGGCAGAGUGGAAGACGGAGGAGAAGACGAUGCUGCCUAUUCGGGGUCAGGAUGGUGCGCUUAAAAUGCAGCAUAUAGUGGUGCAAGGCAACGUAUCACAAGAAGAUGCCGCAGAAGUUGAUAGCGAAUCCGAUACAGAAAAAACAGCACAGCAAUUGAAGGCGAAGAAAGCGGCGAAACCAAGAACGAAGGACGCCCAGAAAUCCGACACUCCCAAAGUACUAGAAACGGCUCAAUCUCGCCAAGAGCGCAUCGUACAUGCACAGGAAAAGUUGGCGGAUCUGGCAUCGUCCAUCAUCGAGGAUCCCGAAACGCAAAUAGCGCAGUUGAAGAACCUGCGCCAGAUUGCCUCGGACAAGGACGUGCAGAUCCGGAAGAUUGGUCUCCUGACCCAACUAGCUGUUUACAAGGACAUUAUCCCAGGAUACAGAAUACGACAGUUGACUGAUGCGGAGCAGGGUGUGGCUGUUACGAAAGAGGUCAAGAAGCUCCGACAAUACGAGGAGACUCUUCUCUCGAACUACCAGGCGUAUUUGCAGAUUUUGGAGAACACUGUGCAAGCAACGGUGAAAUCGACAGAAGAGGCUGAACAGUCGUUACUGGUUGUUGCCAUUCGAUGCAUGGCUGACCUUCUCACCUCUGUUACGCAUUUCAACUUCCGGUUAAAUCUGAUGACGGCGGUGGUUGCGCGGAUGACAUUGAAGAACCCGCCUGCAGUGUCGGCGAUAUGCUGUAACGCCCUGUGCACGGUGUUCGUAGCGGACGAAUCUGGUGAAGCGAGUUUGGAAGCGGUGAAAUUGAUCUCGAAAGCCAUCAAAGCAAAGCACUAUCAGGUUCAGGAGGAGGUGUUGAACACAUUACUACGCCUGCGAUUGAAUAAGGAUGCCAAAGCAGACAAGAAGGAGCGGAAACUAAAGCACUACGAUGACAAAGAUCGCCAUAACGACCGCAAACGGAAGAAGAACGACAAGCACGUGUCCCGUAAGAUCCGGAAAGUGGAGAAGCACAACAAAGAGAUUGAGAAGGAGCUGAAAGAAGCCGAGGCGGUCUAUGAUCAGGACGAAGUGCAGAAACGCCACACUGAGACUCUGAAAUUCGUCUUCCUGAUCUACUUCCGCAUUCUGAAGAAUGCUUCCAACUCGCCGCUCCUGCCGGCGGUACUGGAAGGUCUCGCCCGCUUUGCGCAUCUCAUCAACGUCGAGUUCUUCGCAGACUUGUUGGAGGUUCUGAAAAAGAUCUCGUAUGAGCAAUAUCAGAGCUACAUUCAGGGAUCGGCCGCCUCGACUGCGGAUACCCGAUCUGCGUUCCACUGUGUGAUUGCUGCCUUCCAGCUGCUGAGCGGACAGGGAGAAGCGUUGAAUCUGGACCUAAAGGACUUUUACAGCUCCAUGUACAGUCAGAUGAUGCGGUUAGCGAUGAGCCCUGGGGCCGCAUUGGCGAUUGCAGGGACGAAGAGGGAUAAAGACCGACGGGAGAGGCAUGCUGCGAAUACCACGGAAGUUGUGCACAUGGAAACUCGGUCGGGGAGCGAGAUCGAGCUGGCGUUGCAAGGAUUUGAAUUGCUGUUUUACAAGAAGCGAGCGGUACCAGUUGAACGAGUGGCCGCCUUUGUUAAGAGAUUAGCAACGAUCGGCCUGCAUCUUCCCGCACAUGCUACGCUGGCAUGCCUCGCCAUCAUUCGUUCCCUCAUCAUUCGCUUCCCGCGUCUGGAGAGUCUAAUGGACGCUGAAGGACGGAUAGGCACAGGAGUAUACAGACCGCUCCUCGAAGAUCCCGAACUUUCGAAUCCCUUCGCCACAAACAUGUGGGAGCUUACACUCCUGCUGCAUCACUACCAUCCCACCGUCCGAACACUCGCCAAACACGUCGCCGGAACCGUGUCGAUAACACAGAAAGGCGCAACUCAAGUGCAGAACGUGCAUAAACCAUUACCGGGUGACCUCGCGUGCCCACCUCGGGAGUUCCUGACGCGAUAUGACCCCAAUCCGUUUGCGGCUACUGACAGGCCGGAAGCAUUCCGCUUGGCACCGGCCACAGAGAUACCAGGCGCCAUUGCGACGGUGUUGAAGAAGAUGCAGUCGAAGGGCAUCAAAUACGUUGAUGGGCCGUCGGCGAUCAUGGCGAGCGAGUUUCUGCAGAAAUUAGAGAGUCGUGUGGGGGCGUGAAAGCACUCUCAUUGACGGGGUAUUUGUAUAAUAGAUUCUUAUAGAAGGCAGUCAUGGG